AUGGGCGCCUGUGUAUCUUCAAGCAAAAAGCAGAGAUCGCAAAGAUUAUGUUGUAUUUACAGGCGCUACCGCGGCAAGGUUUUAACCAAUACGCCUAUAGUACGUGCUAGUAAUGUGGAGAACUUUGCUUCUUCCGGAGAAGCAGUCCAUUUAGGGACUGCUGCAGCUACUCGGCAGAGAUCUGAUGGCUCAAACGUUACAUUCCACCUCACACAAUUGCAGUGGCAUCACAGUGAGCUGGACACAGAGAAUGGAAAUGUUGUGUGCCAAGAAGAAGCGUGGUUCGACUCUGUCAGUAUUUUGGGAUCUGACUCAGACGAAGACUUCAGCAGUGUCAAUGGAGACCUCCCAGCUAUGUCAAAUUCAACAGGUACACAAUUGAUGCAGUGUGAAGAUGCUUCAUCCAUCGCUGAUGCCAUCCAGAAGUUUGAAAGGAUUUUUGAUGGUUCUAGUGUUGCUCAAGCUGUUGGACAGUACCUGAAAAGAGAUGCAAACAAACUAGAAGCAGAGAGGCCGAAAGUUGCAAGCCCAGAAGCUUGUGAUGUCUCUAGUGGAAAGGUUGAGGACGCAAAGACACGAAAUGAGGGUAUAAAAAUUCUGACAAAACUUAGAAGAGGCGAGGAUGCAUGUAAUACCUUGAAGUCUUUCAAAGAUGGAGAGAAGCCUCAUGAAAGCAUCUUCAAAAGUUUGACACCAGUAUGCACGCCUCGCCAUGCUAAUAAGGUCCAACCAUUGGCAGUAGCAAGUCCACGGGGCCACAAGAAGAAAUCAGCUGUUGUCAGGCUUUCUUUCAAGAGGCAAUCUUUCGAUGGAGAACAAACUACUGAAAUAUGUUCCUCGAGAAGGUACUUGAUCCACCCACGAGCUGGAUUAUUGGUUCCGCAAGCUGGUGAGAAAAUUUCUGAAGGUUGUUGGUCUGUGCUUGAGCCUUCGACAUUCAAGCUGCGAGGGGAAAGUUUUUUCAAGGACAAAAAGAAGUCUCCUGCCCCAUCUUGUUCUCCAUACACUCCAUUUGGUGUGGACAUAUUCAUGUCCCCGAGGAAAAUUCACCACGUUGCCCAGCAUAUUGAGCUUCCAUCUGUAAAGCCAAAUGAAAAAAUUCCUUCACUACUUAUCGUAAACAUUCAGAUGCCUACAUAUCCUGCUGCUAUGUUCCUUGGUGAUAGUGAUGGGGAAGGGAUUAAUCUAGUGCUAUAUUUCAAACUGAAUGAUAACUUUGAGAAAGAAAUUUCUCCCCAGUUUCAUGACAGCAUCAAGAGACUUGUAAACGACGAAAUAGAAAAGGUUAAGGGUUUCCCAUUGGACUCAACAGUCCCUUUCAGAGAAAGAUUGAAGAUAUUGGCAGGGUUAGUUAACCCAGAUGACAUGAAUCUGAGUUCUGCAGAGAGGAAGCUUGUUCAGGCUUACAAUGAAAAGCCAGUCCUCUCAAGGCCUCAGCACAACUUUUAUGUGGGAUCAAAUUACUUGGAGAUCGACCUUGAUGUACACCGCUUUAGCUUCAUCUCAAGGAAAGGGCUCGAAGCAUUCCGAGAACGAUUGAAACAUGGGGUGAUUGAUCUCGGCCUUACCAUACAGGCCCAGAAGCAGGAGGAACUUCCAGAGCAUGUCCUGUGCAGUGUAAGGCUAAACAAAGUUGAUUUUGUCGAUAACGGGCAAAUACCAACACUACUGCCAUGUGACGACGACUAA